UAGCAUUCAAACGGAUGUCCUUUGUCGUCACUUCUCUUCCUUCUGGCGGGCGGCUUCAAAACAACAACGAAGCAACAACAAGAGUCUUUACGCUGCUACAAGUCCGCACAAAAUGCUUUUAUUGCGUCGAAUAAUCGAACGCUAGCGUUUCCAGGUGCUUUACUACUUUAGCUAGUGAGCGGCGCGGGCUGGCUAGCAGGCUAGCAGCAAGUGUCGAUUAACGGAGUUAAUUUGUUAGCGCAGAAAUGGAGCGACCGUCGAGGAAGACGAAGACUGUCAAUUACUGCGAGACCAGGGACUUUGACGACGAUGACGACGACUUUGCCAGCGUGAAGCCCCCGCCCAGUAAAAAGCCCAAGGAGGGGGGGCUGAAGCAACAGGAGCACAAAAAGCCCUCAAGCCAAGAGUCCAACUCACCAAGUCAGAAGGUGGACAGAAACCAUUUAAAUGAGACGCCGCUGACUCGGGAUCUGGAGGCUGCCAUCACGCUCUCACUGCUCAAUAAUCCAGACGGGAUUCCCGGCGGGAAAGAAGCAGACGAGAACACGGAGCCCCCCUCCCUGCACCGCUCCAACUGCAGCGUGGACUCAUCCCUCUUGGGAUUGGAUACAAUCUCAUCGGAGAAAGACGGCAGACGGAGAAAGGCCGUCCAGGAUGAUGAAGACGACUACCGGCCCAAACUGACGCCAGAUUCGGAGAGUGACGACGCUUUCAGCGAGGGGGCCGAGAGCGAGGAUGAGGAACUCACAGUGAAGAAACCCAAAAGGAAGAAGACGACGACGACGAGCAGGAAGGAGAAGACUCGGGAGCGUCCCGUCUCUAAAGAGGAACCACCAAAAUUGAAACCGCAGCCAAGAACAGCAGCGCCAUCCACUCGCGCAAGGAGCCCCCCCACGCUUCAACUCGCCACCAAAAUCCCAACUCCGACAGCCAAUCUGCCUAAAGCUGCAGUCUCAAUGAGCCCAACAGGGGGCAGAAUUCCCAAAUGGAACCCACCAGGCCAAAUCGGGAAAAGUCCAUCUUCAUCCCAGAGUCCCCCAAUGAGGUCUCCGGGUCAGGGUCUGCGACUGGGACUCUCCCGUCUUGUACGGGUCAAGCCUCUCCACCCCAGCGUCGCCACCACUUGACACCAGGAAUCAAUCCGCUUUUAACAGCCGCUUGUAAAUAUUUGUUUUUCCAAUAUCCUGGUUUUAUUUCAAAGAUGCCAUGGAAUGUCUCUAAUGUGUACAGCGUGUGAAAAUAAACUUUGAACCA